AUGGCAGUCCCGAAUUUCAUAAACCAUACAAAUGGGACCUUUUUAUUCACAUCCGAAUCGGUAAAUGAGGGCCACCCCGAUAAAUUAUGCGACCAAAUCUCAGACUCAAUUUUAGAUGCCUGCCUGGAACAGGAUAAGGAAAGUAAGGUGGCGUGUGAAGUAUGCACGACUAAAGACUUUGUAAUGGUUUUUGGAGAAAUUACCACAUUCGCUAAUGUUGACUAUGUUAAAGUAGUAAAAUCAGUCCUAAAGAGCGUAGGAUACACUUCAAGUGAUUUAGGAAUUGAUUCUAAUACCGUCGAGGUUUUAGUUAAAUUUAAUUUACAAUCACCUGAAAUUGCGAAUGCCGUACACGUUGGUAAAGCUAAAGAACAAAUCGGUGCAGGCGACCAGGGAAUAAUGUUUGGAUAUGCAACAGAUGAAACGCCUGAAUGUGUGCCUCUUUCCCAUUCAUUGGCUGUAAAACUUGGCCAGAGAUUAUCGUAUUUGCGCAAAAAUAAAUAUUUACCAUAUUUGAGACCGGAUGCUAAAACUCAAGUAACAGUCGAGUAUCGUAAGUACACAAACGGAUAUAUCGAACCAAAAAGAGUAGACACUAUAGUAAUUAGCUCACAACAUGAUCCAGGAGUGGAUUUCCAGGUUAUGAAAGAGGAUAUAAUGAAGGAUGUGAUUAUGCAAGUUGUUCCGAAACACUUGCUGGACGAGAAGACAAAGUACCUUAUAAAUCCAGCAGGAUCUUUUGUUUUGGGAGGACCAGCCUCAGACUCUGGUUUAACGGGGAGGAAAGUAAUAGUUGACACUUACGGAGGCUGGGGAGCACAUGGAGGAGGCUGCUUCUCAGGAAAGGAUUCAACUAAGGUGGAUAGGUCAGGGGCCUACUACGCGAGAUUCGUUGCAAAAUCUUUGGUUUCCAACGGGUUUUGCAAGAGAGUGAUAGUCCAAAUUUCUUAUUGCAUAGGCACAGUAGACCCAAUUUCACUGUACAUUGAUACAUAUGGGACUGUGGCAAAGGGGUAUACUGAUAAUGACCUGAGAGAAAUAGUACUCAGAAACUUCGAUUUCAGAGUAGGUUACAUAAUCGAUGAACUAAAGCUAAAAAGACCAAUUUUCGGGAAAACUAGCGUUUACGGCCACUUUGGCAGGGAAGAUUCUGAUUUCCUGUGGGAACGACCGAAGGAUCUUUCACAUGAAAAACUUUCAAAUAACCAUAACUAUAUGACUAAUGGGUACUAA